UUAAUUAAGAAUUCUAUAGAUGUGAAUUCUCAAGUAAACUUAGGAAAGCCUGCUGCGUAAGAGAAACCCCGUAGGGAUUAGUGAUAAUUACGUUGGGAAACUGACAACGUGAAACCUGCUUCUCUUGGAAGAGAAAUCAAGAAGAUGCCGCGCAGCAGGGAUGAGGUCGAUAAUAUGUCACUCGAUGCACAUCAUCUUCUUCACAGAUCUUGUAGAGGCAAAGCUCAUGCCAGUGGGAUAGCUAAACAAAACAAUCGUCAAGGCUUUCCCUCGCAAAAAAUCCUAAAGUCAUCGGCGCAGGAUUUUUCGAAGCAGCACGAAUUCAGCAACGGUGUUGUCCUCGACAGAAAACAUAGCAGAAAUAGUACGAGCUCGUGGGAAUGCAGUGACAGCGACAGCAUGCACUCCUCCGAAAUUGGACAAAACGGUUGUCCGGAGAAUCGACUGAUCAAUUCAAAUCGUGUCCUCGAACGAGCGUCAAGCAUCAAAUCCAAUGCCAAAGAAAAAAUCAAAGGAUCUCAUGGGAGCAAUCAGUGCUCGCCGUCACUACGAGCUACCAAAAGCUUCAAGAAGGAGAACUGGGCGGACACUUUGCGCGUAGGAUGCAUGAACGACAGGAUCAAGAGAAUGGAAAAAGGCUGGGAUGACAGUAAUGUCAUCAGGACUCCAAAGGAACGCAAGUGGCAUAGGAUCACAGCGGAAAUAGAGCAGAAGAUACCGAGCAUGGAGAAUGGGAUCCGGAUGUUUAGUUUCAAGAGUAGCUGGGCCAAUAACUCGAAGAAAGUAUCGAAGAGGAGUCGACCAGGUCACCAAAGAUGCGCGAAACCAAUUCAAGACAUUAUCGAAUGGGAGGAGUUGUUUGAGAUGGCCUUGGCUAGGAAGAUAAGACGAAAAAUACGAGAGAACGAAAAAGUAGAGUCAAGCAUAAUGAAGAAUGUGAAACGUGGCGGAGAAAGUGAUCGCGCGAAGGACGAAGGAGAGUGUAUGAAGCGCCUCGAGGUCCUUUUGGAAAAUAAAUUGAUGCCGCAAACGGACGAGGCGAAUCUCAACAUAAGAAAUAUUCUUUUUUAUCCUUUUGCGUUUCAUUUGGCGCAAGAACAAGCAUGGUUAAUUUCCGAGAGAGUUUGGUUAUUGCAUCGCGGAGGUUUUACCCCGGCUUCAAAAUGCGGGUUCGCCGAUCCCGACACAGGAAAACUGAGGAUCCGAUUGACCAUCUCCGGAGAGGAAUUGCUCGUGGACGAAGAAGAUGUAGAGAAGGCCAAUCCACCUCAGUUCGACAAAGCUGAGGAACUCUCCCAGUUGCGAUUUUUGAAUGAAUCAUCCGUUCUCCACACGCUGCGGCAACGUUAUGCUAGUAACUUGAUACACACGUACGCAGGAGACAGCAUGAUCGUUAUCAAUCCAGUCACGCCCUUGGCGAUUUAUUCUGAAAAGGUCGCGCAUAUGUUUCGAGGUUGCAAAAGCGAAGAUAUGCCGCCGCAUAUUUAUGCCAUAGCGCAGUCAGCUUACAGAGGAAUGCUGGCAACACGCAGGGACCAUUCUCUGGUUUUUCUCGGGCGUAGUGGAGCGGGAAAAACAACGAACUUCAAACACGCCCUUCAUUAUCUCGUGUUGGCCGCUGGUACGGUUAACAAGAUAUUAACGAUCGAAAAGCUGAAUGCACUAUUUACAGUUCUCGAGGCCUUCGGAAAUAGUAGAACGCAUAUGAAUUCGAAUGCGACACGUUUUACGCAGCUUUUUAGUCUCGAUUUUGAUCAGUCGGGUCAAAUCGCAUCGGCCUCUCUACAAAUACUGCUGCUGGAGAAGUCAAGGAUAGGUCGACGAGCAAACGGGGAUCCGACGUUUCACGCCGUUUACCGUUUAUUAGCGGGCGCAGAAGGCGCACUGAGAAAAGAGUUACACCUCACGAAUCUAGUCGCCGAAAACAAUCCUUUCGUCACGCCCCUGCAGAAGCAUGAGGACAAACAGCGAGCUAUGGUCGAGUUUAAUCGUAUUGUUGCCGCGUUUAGAAUACUCGGUAUCUCCGAGGCUGACGAGAAAGUCAUUUGGCUAGUGUUGGCUGGCAUUUAUCAUUUGAGUUGUGCUGGCGCUGUGAAAGCUGGCACCAGUUCGCAGAGCAGGUGGCAGUUCGCGAGGGUUGAAUGCGCGGAGAAAGCCGCCAAUCUACUCGGCACAACAGUGGAGGAACUGAGUCGAGUAGUGUUCUCCAUCAAUGGAGGAGGUGCCGGAACACCGAGUACACCGAGACCAGCUCUGAGGACACCCAGUCCAACGGAACAGGGCAAAGAUGUCACGGGGCUUGAUGCCUUGGAAGGACUUCUAGUCGGACUCUAUUCUGAAGUUUUCCAUUGCGUCGCAGCUCUUAUCAAUAAAUCCAUAUCAUCCGCUGUACAUACAGUCUCAUCUCUGCUACUGUGUGAUUCGCCAGGUUUUCAAAAUCCUGCUUCGUGCGGUCGACAAACCGGUGCAACCUUUGAAGAUCUUUGCCACAAUUAUCUGCAGGAACGUAUGCAGUUACUGUUUCAUCAUACUACGUUGGUAGCUCCAAAGGAUAGAUACGUCCAGGAAGGUAUCGAUGUAGAUUACGAAGAUGAUUAUGACGAGGAAGGUAUUGGAUCACCUCAAGGUUUGGUUUCCCUCCUGGAUCGAGGAAGCUCGCAAAGCGCGACAAUGUUGCGAACUAGUCAAAGCGAUCUUAGCGGCGGCAGACAGAUGGAACGAAAAGGAUUACUCUGGUUGCUAGAUGAGGAGACUGUGUGUCCUGGAGGGAGCGACGAAACCUUCUUAGAUCGUUUAUUUUCUCAUUAUGGAGAUCGAGAUCAUCAAAUGCUUUUGCGAAAAGCGCCUGGUAAUAAUCAAUUUGUUUUACAACAUCUUUUGGGAACAAAUCCUGUGCUUUACACUGCCACCGGUUGGCUUAAAGCUACACGCGAGAAUCCCGUCGCCAAGAGUGCCAUUACGAUACUUCAGGAAAGUACAAGGGAACAUGUGAGCAUGUUGUUCGUAAGUGCUCGAGGUGCUGGAGUUUCCGGUGCUCUAUGCAGUUCCAUGCCAGGACUUGAAGGCUCGCAAUCUUUGAGGCGAGCUUCGAGCAUACGAAGAACAUUCACGGCCGUAAAAAGAAAGAACAUUUGUCUACAAGUGAAAUUUACUGUAGAUGGUCUCGUAGAAACACUGCGGAGAACUCGCGUGAAAUUCGUGCACUGCCUUCUGCCUCAACAUAACGCCGGUUGUACCGACAAUAAGAGUCUUCUCUCCGUGAAAUCGAAUCAGAGCGAGGACAACGUCAUUAAUGUGCCUCUUCUGCGAUCACAGAUUCGAGGAAGCCAGAUAAUUGACGCUGUUCGCUUACACAAGGUUGGAUUUCCGAAGCAUAUGGCCUUAGGUGAAUUUAGACGUCGAUUCGGACUAUUGUCAAGCGACGUGAACGCACGGCCCGGAAGUCCCGUGACCGAUGAACGUCGCGCCGUGGAAGACAUGCUGCUCACCGUUGAUGUCGACCCCGCGUCCUACCGAGUCGGUCAAAGUCAAAUAUUCUUCAGAUCUGGUACCCUGGAACGAUUAGAAGCUCAGAGGGAUGAAAAACUCACAGGCCACAUUAUUCUGCUGCAGGCGAGAUGCAGAGGCUAUUUAGCGCGGCGCAAACUCAAUACUUUGAAACUGCAAGAUCUUGCAGUGCGAUGCAUCCAAAGGAACGUAAGGAAGCUAAUGUCCGUGCGAGAAUGGCCUUGGUGGAGAUUGUAUGUGAAAGUUGCGCCCUUGUUGAACGUCCAUCGGACCGAAGAUCAGCUAAAGGCUCGAACGGAAGAGCUCGAGCUUCUCAGGGCAAAAGUAGAACGCUUGGAACAGGAACGUAAUCACCUGAAGCAUGACAAUGACAAGCUAGAGGCAAAGCUGAGCGAGAUGACCGCGGACUUUGCGGAGGAGCAUUCUACAUCGACGUUGGCGGCAGAAAGGAUUGAUGCUGAGACUUCGGAGCGGUUGCGACUCGAACGUGAGUUGCAAGAUGUAACUGAAGCUAACAAAAAUCUUCAACAGACCACCGAACGAUUGGAGAUGGAAUUGCUCUAUGCGAGAGCUGCUGAUUUGAACGGGGUCGCUUCCGAUGGCGAGGAAGGCGAGGACGGCGGUGUUUACAGACAACGAUACGAGCACGCUAUCCGCGAACUCGAAUUCACAAAGAGGAAAAUGGCGCAACAACACGAGGAUGAUCUGGAGCAACUGGUCGGAUUGAAGAAACAAUUAGAAAAGAAGUUAGCCGAUGCUUACGAAGAAGUGGAGGAGCAACGACAAGUCGUCGGACAAUGGAAGCGACGAGUUCAGAAACUGAACGGCGAGAUGCACGAUAUCAGAUUGCUGUUAGAGGAACAGACUGCUAGGAACAACCUCCUCGAGAAGAAGCAGCGCAAGUUCGAUUCGGAGACUCAAAAUCUGAUGAAUGAUCUUAGACAAGAGAAAGCACAACGUGAAAGAUUAGCGAGGGAAAAAGAGAUUGCUAUCGCGGAAAAAUUCACAGUGGAGCAGAAUCUGAGCGACGCAAGAUUAGAGAUUGAGCUCAAGGAAGAAAGACUUCGUACAUUGACUCAAGAGUUAGAAGAACUAACUUUCGGCGGUAAAACGGAAGAGGAAGUUGCGCAACUGAAGAAGGCUAAACACGAGUUGGAGAAACGCGCAAAGGACCAAGAAGAAGAAUUGGAUGAUCUGGCCGGCCAAGUGCAGCUGCUCGAGCAAGCGAAACUCAGACUGGAGAUGAGCAUCGAGCAGCAGCGCAAAGAAAUGCGUAAAGAAAUGCAGCAACGUGACGAAGAGCUCGAGGAUGUUCGUGGAAACGCGCACAAAAAGGUUAAAGCUCUCGAGUCACAGUUGGAGAACGAACAUGAGGAGAGGACAAUUCUUUUAAGGGAAAAGCACGAAUUGGAGCGCCGUUUAGUAGCUCUAGAAGAACAAGAUCGAGCCGAUCGUGCGGCAGAAGCUGAGACCAUGCAAAGAUUGAAGAGAGAUUUGAAGAGAACAAAGGCGUUACUAAGAGAUGCACAAACAAUGCUCGAAAGAUCCAAAGGCGAUUCGACAGGUAAAGCUGCGUUGCGUCAAUUGAAAAAUCAAUUGGAAGACGCAGAGUGCGCUCGAGCAGUAGCGAUUAAAGCGAAACAAGCAUUGGAACAGGAACUAAAUGAAACGCAAGCAACUUUGGAAGAAGCUAUGCGACAGCGUUCUGAGGCGGAGGAACGAGCCAAUGCGGCUAAUCGCGAACGUUCAGAAUUGUUGUCUCAGUUAGAAGAAAACGAGGAAGAGCUUGCUGAGGUCUUAAAGAAAUAUCGAGCUGCAGUGCAACAAGUCUCUGCGGAGCAAGGCCAAUUGCAAGAGGCACAAGUGCAAAUCGCCGCACUCGAAGCGGAGAAGUCAUCAUUGAAGGAUCAACUAGCAGAACUAACGCAGAGAUUAGAAUCAGUGGAGCAACUUGGUGAUCCAACGGCAAACAGUCUUGCGACAAGACGCUUGGAGUUCCGUGCCAAGGAGCUGGAAAGCAAGCUCGAACUGGAACAGACUACGAGAGCGCGUUUGGAGACGCAAAUAGCACGGUUGAAGGAAAGCGUCGACAAGUUACAAACUGAAUCAGCCUUACUUAGAACGAAGGAGCAAACCGCUCAAGACGCGGCGAGACGACUGCAACGAUCUUUACGCGAUUCACGCGACGAAGCUAGCGCUGCAAUAUCGCGAGAGCAGGAGGCCGUACGUGCUCGACGUGACAUAGAGAAAUCUUUGGAAGCCGCGGAGGUUGAAACCAAGGUGGCUAGAGAUGACCUCAGAUUGGCGCUUCAAAGGAUCGACGAUUUACAGAGUGCUAUUCAAGGGGAACUUGACUUGGACUGCAGCGAGGAAGCCACCAGCGAAAACAGUGACAGUGAUUGAUCCGAGCCAUCAUCGGACAUCGAAUCCGAUCGAAAUGAAGGUACGACUGAAUCGGGAUCAAUGAAUCAGAUCGUAGAUGGAUUUCCGCGCAUCCGAGACAUCGAAUAGAACUCUAUAGCCGCCCGUAUUUAACGUAUGACCGAACAUGAAAGUGAUAAGGCUAGAGUAACAGUCCGGAGAGAUGAAAGACUGCGAAAAUUACGAAAGGGCGGUAACUACAUGCGGUCACGAUAGAUUUUCAUUUUGUGUUACUUGAAUAACGCUACUGAAAGAUUUGGCGUUCUUUCUUCACUGUUGUAGGGAAUAAAGUCAUUUCGAAGGCGAAUUAAACUAGCAUAGGAGCUAGCAGUUGA